AUGGAAGAGUACAGUGAUAUUAGUAGUAAAUCUCAAGGAGAUAUUUUCAAAUCUCCAAAGGCAGAUCCCAGUGCUUUUGUAGUCAGACGAUCAAAGUAUUCAAUAUUGCCAGAUCAAAGCCCCCUUCCGGAUGCUUUCUGUAAUGUGGCUGAUGAAGAUAUGUGGUUGAAAAUGAACAACGGAUAUGUAGCAGACCUUGAUUCCCUUCAAACUACUCCUCCCACGAACAGAAAAGUUCAGUCAUUCCCGACGAGUGAUACAACUGCUGGUUGUACAAGUGAAAGUGAGAAGUAUGAACUGGAGGUUCAAGAUUUGAGGAGACAACUGGAACUUGCUAAAGAAAGGAUAAAUGAACUCGAGAAAAAGCAUUCAGAGGGAGUGCCAUCAAGCAAGCAAUUAAAGAGUGAAGCACCUAAAAAUCAACAAGAAACACAACUAAUUCAUGAAUUGCCUCGGGGGUUAUCUGAAUCUCUGGGAAACUUCAAAGAUAGCUUUGAGGAGUUUUUGUCAGCAAUGCAGAGAUUUGCAUCGGGUGGCACAGUAUCGACUGAGAAGAUACUUUCAACCAUGAGUGAAAUUGGAGCUCAUCUGUUUGCAACUUUGGAAGGUCAUUUUGCACUGAAUAUGGGUGGUGAAGGGUCUUACACUGGAAACUGUACUGUAAUAAAUGAACAACAAAAAGUAUUUCGCGAGAGGAUUGACAAAAUAAUUACAUCACUGGAGUUACCGAAAAGAUCAAUAACAGGACAGGAGAAGAAGCAGAACUGCAGCUGUGAACACAAGGGCUCUGGUUUGGGAGGUGAAACUGCUUACUCAAAGGAGGAUUUAUGUGAAAGAUAUGAAAGCACAGAAAGAGAGUUACUACUUUUGAAGGUCGAGAGAGAGUCUUUGCUGCAGAAGUUCUCUGAAUCAUCUGAAAUACUAUCAAUGGUUUCCAGCCAAAAGGAAAAUGUUUUGAAAGAUUUAAACGCUGAAGUGCUGAGAAGGAAAAAUCUAGAAGGAGAAGUUAAGCAGUUUGCUGCAGCUUUUGCUAGUCGUCAAAAAUCACUCAUUUCCUUCCAUAGUGAUCUUAAGACCAAAAUUGAGAAAUGGAGAUCCCAGACUCCAAUUUCAGUUUCCAAAUCUUUUGGGUGUGAGUAG